AUGGCUCAUUCACCAACACACUCGCCGAUUCCUUCACCAACUUAUCCAACCCAAUCAGCUCAAAGAGGACGACAACCUCCUCCAAAUUAUACCAGAUCUAAUUUAAAUGACCCUUCCAAAAUCUCACCCAAUCAACCUCAUCUACAAUAUAGAGGUGGAAAUUAUUACAAUGACAUUCCUAAUGCUAAUAACGGUAAUAGAGCCAGAAGUGUUAGUCCAAAUCCUUCACCACGUAAAUCAAAAGUUUACGAUAGCGAUGACGAUGUUUCAAACGAAACAUUUGUAGUUUACGGUACAGAGUUACCAGACAUUUCUAGUGAACAGGAUAAUGGAAAAUUUGUGCCAGUAUGGAAACAAGAGGUUCGUGAUGAAAAUGGUAUCAGGCGAUUGCAUGGUGCUUUUAAAGGUGGAUGGUCAGCUGGUUAUUAUAAUACAGUAGGUUCUAAAGAAGGUUGGUCACCCUCUUCUUUUGUUUCUUCCCGAAAAAAAAGAACAGAUUUUAAAGCCUAUAAACCGGAGGAUUUUAUGGAUGAAGAGGAUUUGGAGGAGCUUGCUCAAGAGAAAAAAUUGGUUACAACUGAAGAAUUUGAUUAUUUUGGUUCUACAGAAAGAGAAUUAGAAAAAAAGAAUGCUAUGAGAAAAUCGAUGGAAGCUGGCGGAAGUGUAUUAGGAACGCUUACAGACAAAUUUAUUGCAGAUCUAAUAGAACCUAGUAAAGAUCCUAUAGGUAUAUUGAAUUUUCUUAAAAAUGAAGUUGCUAUUUAUAUUUAUCCCUGUAUUGUUAACCUUUUAAAUCAAUUGGAAUAUUUAGGUGGUAUUGGUUUUGGUGUUUCAGAUGAUGAAGAAGAUGAAAUAUAUAUUAAUGGUGAAACAUCCAUGUCAAAUUUCCAUACUUCUAUGAUGGAUGAUUAUGAAGAUAUUUUGAUUUUAGGCGGAAAAGAACACUCAAAGUCAACACCCAAAAGUAAACCAAAUACAAAUUCUUAUAAGUCCGCUGCUCCAAAUAAAAGUGUAUGUCAUGAUGGAAGUUUACCAUUACCUGGAUUUGUUCUAGCUUCUCGUCCUAUUCCUCUAGAUGAAUGGUAUUCGCCACCAACUUUGCCGCCGGAUUUUGUUUCUAUACAUAAAUUUGAUUCAAGUACUGAAAAGGUUUUAAAUCCUGUUGGUUCAAAAACGCAAAAUUCCAAAAACCAGAAACAAUCAACUUUGGCCUUAAUUGCUGAACAGCGUGGCGAAUUAUUAGGCGAAACACCAUUAAAAGCUCCAGCACGAUCUGUAUUUGAUUAUAUAUCAAGAAAAGAUAAAGAAAAAUUGGAUAAUAUAAUCAGUUACAGAUUUGAUACAGUCGGAGAGUCGCCUAAGGAUCAAAAUAAUAAAGUUCAAAUUCCCAAAAUAGGAAAGGAUAUUGCUAUGGCUGCUUUAAAAGGAUUUAUACCAUUUUCAGAUAAUAAAAAUAAACAAAUGAGAUAUAAACAAUUUCUGGAAGCGCAGGCAGAGAUCAUUUCAGAUGAAUUAAUCAGGCAGCCUGAAGGGAUGACUUCCGAAGAGUAUGCCAAAGAACUUGAUGAAUUUUCGCAAGCUACGAGAAUUUUUCGUCCGAUGUCCAGUAUGCUAGCAUCACGUUUCACCAGCUCGAGCAAUUCUAGUUUAGAAAUCAGUAAUGAUGAUAAUAAUAGAAGUGUUGAAAAAAUAAUAGAGGAUGGAAGUUACCUUAAAAGGCAAGAGGAUAACCGAAAACAGACACAAUCAACAGCAGAGACUGCUGCAAGGAUGAAUAUGUUUGGAACUCUUACUCGUUCUAAAACAGAAUUUUAUCCCAAUAGGCUUCUAUGUAAAAGAUUUAAUAUAGCAAAUCCGCAUCCAGAUCAUAAAAAAUAA